AUGACAUCACCUGCGAGUGAGCUCCCUAGAGAAGACACGGAAGGGACUUCCGAGCCUCCACCCAUUCUUCCCGACAACUUCAGCGAUGAGUCUAGCGACUUUGAAAGCGAAUACUCCGAUCUCACCUCAUUGUCCUCGAGUAUCCUGAACUAUGAAUAUCAAAAUGGGCGACGGUAUCAUAGCGGUCGGCUUAACAAUUACAUGAUGCCAAAUGAUGAAGAGGAACAAGACCGCAUGGACCUGGCACAUCAUAUCUGGCUCCUUUUGAUGAAGGGAGAACUGUUUCAAGCCCCCGUCAAGAAUCCCCAGAGAAUUUUAGACCUCGGUACCGGAACCGGAAUUUGGGCAAUUGAUAUCGCAGAGAAGUUCCCCGAAGCCCAGGUAAUCGGGACGGAUAUCAGUCCCAUCCAGCCUAGCUGGGUGUGUCCGAACCUUGAAUUUGUUGUGGAAGAUUUCGAAGACGAAUGGGUCCACGAACCCGAAAGCUUCGACUUCAUUCACGCAAGAUUACUUGCCGGCUGCAUUGCGGACUGGCCACAAUUCUUCCGGCGAUGCUAUGACUGUCUCAAACCAGGAUCAUAUUUCGAGAUCCAAGAAAGCGCCGUAUGGAUCUGGAGUGAUGAUGGUAGCUGUCCAUAUGACUCUGCGCUUUUUGAAUGUGUUCGGGCGAUCGACACCGCCUCGAAAGCAAUGGGGAAGCCAUGCAAUAUCUACCCGUUCUUGAAAGACUGGAUGGUUGGUGCCGGGUUCGAAGACGUGCAUCAAUCUGUCUAUUUCCUACCGUACUCCCCAUGGCCGAAGGAUCCCUAUCUUAAGGAGAUUGGGAAAUACCAGCUCAUCCAGGCACAGCAGGGUGUUGAGUCUUACUCGAUGAGGCUUUUUACGGAUGUUUUAGGCUGGGGUGAGGAUGUGUCUAGAAUCUUCCAAGCGAAGGCCAAGCAACAACUUCGCGAUAAGCAUAUGCAUGCAUAUGUCAAAGAGUUUCUUGUAUAUGGGAAGAAGCCUUUGAGAUGA